AUGGCAGAAGCGAAGGGACUGCGAGGGAAGAUGGCGGACGUCAUGGCAUGCCUGGUUGUAGACGGCGAAUACUCUGUCGUCGACGAACAACGCCCCCUGAAUGUGAUUAAUUCGAGCAAGUCCUCCAACAAUGUAAACCGCCCACAGUCGCCCGAAGCACAUCCUGCUGCCCGCAAGAGAUACGCUCCACCGCCACCACAACCUACUACAAAGGCACAAGUUGAGCCGGACACCCAGCCAACUACCAGUUCAAGCAUUGAUUCACUGGAACCUACCUUCGGAGAGCGGCACCGACGCAAAGAAGAAGACCGAGGACGUCGCCAACCUUUCCCGGCCGGGGCACGCGCUCCAGGCGGGGCCGUCAGGAAGAAGAGCCACAGUCGGUACCUCGAAUCGGUCACUGCUGCUCCUGCAGACCGGCGGAGCGGCCACUACUCCACAGCCAUUGCAGGCUGCGAGGACACUGCUGCUCCGCGACAAGCAGGGCGGUACUUACCGCUGCCUAGAUGGCAGCGCCUCUAA